UUGAGUAAGCUCAUUCUUACUGAGGAUGGCAAGGACUGCAUUGGAUUUGGGCAGUUUGGAAGUUGGCUUGUUUAUAUCCUCAUUCCAGUGUUUGUGUUGUCUUACUGGACUUUCCCUUUGUGUCAGAAAUUGUUCGUUUAAUUUGUAAGGGCAGGGAAAUUUCAAAUUUAAUCUAGGUAGCUUACAAAACAAGUUUGUCUGAGCUGUUAAUGAAGCACUUAUGCCCUUGAACAGGUAAUAGCUUGAUGUGGAUGUAAUUACUAUUUUUUCCCCCACCUCAAAUAUUAGGUCAAAAUGGACUCUGGUUUCUUUCAAAUUUAAUGAAGCCAAUAGUGAAGUGGGAACGUGCAGUUGCAUGUCUUCCUCCUGAGCUACAAAAGGCUUUCAAAUAAGGACAUUCUUACAGUUUGCCAGCUUAAUUUCAGUCUGUCUUUCCGAAUAUUAGUAUAAUUGGGCAUGGUUGGAUAGUGGGGGUUAGUUGGGCAAAGCUAGAGAACGUAACUCAUUCAGCUGAACUAAUCUUCAUCAGGUUGCCUUUAAAGUUUGGAACUAGUGAAUCCCCCCCCAUCUGCACCCCCUUUUGCUGUCACCCUGUUAAUUCUGAUGCUGGCUUACCCAAGAGACCAAGUUAUUCCUCAAAAGAAGGGCACAUGGUGACCUUGGCAUGCCAUGGCUUCAGGCCUUCAAGACUUUGAUUCGGCACAAGCAGCUGUGGCUUUGGGAAGAGAAAGCUGUUUGUCACUUUAAGCGUGGAGAUGUUACCCCCAAAGUCCUGCAUAAACUCUCUAGGAAGCUAUCCACUGCCUGCUGUGUUUCCCUAUAGCCUGACAUGCAAACAUGGGUUUGUUUUGGCUUUGUUUGGGUUUUUUACUUUUCUCACAGACUACUCUCCAGAAUGACUGUGAUGCAGAACGUGGCAGAUGCCACGUUCCAGAGAAACUGCUUUGCAGCACUGGGAGGAAUGAAUCUUCUAUGUAGUGUACAUAUUUUCACAGACAUUAAGCAGUUUAGAUGAAAGGUGUUAUGACUACCAGAUAUUAUCAUCAUUUUAUGAGCAGGAUGUCAUUAUUAGAUUGGAAUUGAUAAAUGGGUGCCAAAUUUUGCGCAUGGUGAGGCUGCUUCUGGAAAGAUGCAAAUAGUGUGCUCACUCCUACAUUAAAGCUCUUUUUUUCCCCUUAAUUUUAACUAAACGAUCUGCAAUUCUGGUACACAGAAUCUGGCCUAAAAUUGAGCAGAUUUAUUUGGGGUUGCUUUUGAACGCUGUGAGAGUUUAAGCCAGAUUUACAGAAUAUAGUCACUAAUGAUUCAUGUUGAGAUGAUGUUUUUCUUCCUUGUAAUGGAACAUAUGGGACCACACAGCAUAUGGUGCUGCUGAAAAUUGUUAAACGCAGAGCACUGAUUUAUUACACAGCAAAAAGAGUUUGGAUUUUCAGUCUAACACUGAGCAGAAAGCUUUGUAAACAGCUCUGGCUGCUGCUGUGUGGUGGAUGUGCUCCUGUGUGCUAGUGGUAAAUUUGUAAAGAAUUCCUUUAAAUGGAUUAAAUUGGGGUUCUUCCAAAAGCUGUGGAUGUGCCCGUUGCACUGGAGGAAGUAUGAGAACUCAGUGCACGUUUCAUUAAACAUCCAGAUGGGGUUUUUUGUCUUUAUAUGACUUCUGGAGGGGUUUUUGUGGUGAGGCAGGUGGAGGAGGAAAACUUACACCUUGAUCCUUCCAGUGCACAAAAGAAAGUAGUAAAGUGCAGGUACAGAGAACAUGAAUUCUGGUCGUCUAUUUCCUUGUGCUCUCCUGUGUUUCUUAACUAUUUAUCUCUUAGAUGAUGAUAAUCUCUUCAGAGCAGGCAUCACUUCUGCUGUGGCUUUGUAGGUCUUACUGAAGCUCAUAGGUGCUGUAGUAAUAAAGAUGAUAAAUAGUUGUUCAUAAGAGUACGUUGAGUAAGCUUUAUCAAAAAGGAUUUAAGCAACAACAGGAACCUUCAUUUAAACCUUAGAAUGGGGUUUGUCUCUUUUCUUCUAAUAAAAACUUGACUCUAAUUUAUCUGUGAGCAGUAAAGCACUGGUUAAAACAGAUUUAUGCCAAAUUUGGUGGUACUUUAUCUUUAGACCAGAGAUAUGUAAUAUCUGUAAGAAAGUAUGUAAAUCCUCUCUUAACUUUAAGGGUUUUGCAUAAAAAUCAGAUGAGUCUUAUUUACUACUUGGUUUGUGACAAUCUGCCUUCCAGUUCAGGAUUUCUGGUGUGUUUCUUAAUGCUUCUUUUCAGAUAAAGUUUAAGUGUGCUGUAUCCUUAAGGAAAAAAAUAUGUGACAGCAUGAAAACGUGCUGUUAUUUAAUAAAAGGAAGUAGUAUCUAUUGCUGAGGGAAUUAACUAAUGACCUCUUGUUGCCAUCGCCUUCAGAAUCUUAGAUCCUCCCUUCGCUUGCCUCAUUCUUAGUCAUAGAUUGGAAAAGGAAAACAGGCUUUUUUUUUUCCCCCUCCCAACUCUUAAGCAGUUUCUCAACUUCAGAUGAACUGAUCAUUGACUUAAAACAUGCAAAUAAACUGAAAUAAAGAAAAUGCUCCCUUUCCCCUUGCAGAACAUCUUAGUCUCGAAUGAAUUUUAACUUAUUUUUAAUCUUACCAUUGGUUGUCGUGUCAGUUUUAACUCCAAGCUUCUUUAAAAAGAGGGGGGGAAAACAUUUCUUAUCUGGCAAGUAUGCGAGUGGCAGAGGAGAUAAGAUAAUGGAGCCCUAAAUGUGAGCUGGGAUGGAAACAGUCUCUGUUAACAGGUCUCAUCCGCUUUGCCCCAGUCAGGCGGUGCUUUACUGCAUGCUAAUGCAACCAGUUUUGGCAUCCUGGACAGAAUGCACUGAAUUUUCACUCUGCUCCUGCUUUUGCAUUAAGAGGCCUGAUCCUGAAGUGGGAGAGCCUCACGUUUUCAUACCCAGGAGUUUUUGGUCAUUUGGGAAGCAGACAGCCAAAACCAUGUUUUUUACGUACCCAUAAAAAACCUGUAGCCACAUUUUGCUCCUACAGUGAGGAAUAGAAAUAAAAGAAACAUUCCAACUCAUUGUUCCACUCAGGCAGCUGUUUCUCAGUUUCUUGUGUGCAUUUCCGUAUGGUGUCUUUUCUCUGUGGAGGAUCCCCUUGGAAGAUAACAGGCUUUCCAUUUCCAGCUCUUCCCAGAGACUAAAAGAUCCUAUUACAGUUGUAAAGGUCGCAUGUUUCAGCACUUCAAUGAUGGCCCAGAAUAAAAGAGUGCAGAGAGUCUGGAGGGACAGGAGAGAGCAUGGGACGAUGCUGCUGAGAGGAAUCUGAGCCACAGAGCAUGCUUCGUGCUGCAGGUACCCAGGUGCUGAAUGCUGUCUACAAACUACUUUGUCGAUGAAGGAAGAAACUGGUUGGGAAUUGAAAGCACAAACUAGUUUGUGAUCCCGUUCAACAUGCGCAAAGGGGUGCCAAAGGACCCAGAAAUAGCUGACCUCUUCUACAAAGAUGAUCCUGAAGAAAUAUUUGUGGGUUUACAUGAAAUUGGACAUGGAAGUUUUGGAGCCGUUUACUUUGCUACAAAUUCCCACACGAAUGAGGUGGUGGCAGUCAAGAAAAUGUCCUACAGUGGAAAGCAAAUGAAUGAGAAAUGGCAGGAUAUCAUCAAAGAAGUCAAGUUUCUACAGCAGCUGAAGCACCCCAACACCAUAGAGUAUAAGGGCUGUUACCUGAAGGAGCAUACAGCAUGGCUGGUUAUGGAGUACUGUUUAGGAUCAGCUUCUGAUUUGCUAGAGGUUCACAAGAAACCACUUCAGGAAGUGGAGAUUGCUGCCAUCACCCAUGGUGCCUUGCAGGGGCUGGCCUACCUGCACUCUCAUUGCAAGAUCCAUAGGGAUAUUAAAGCUGGAAAUAUUCUUCUAACAGAACCAGGUCAAGUGAAACUAGCUGAUUUUGGGUCUGCAUCUAUAGUCUCCCCUGCCAAUUCUUUUGUGGGAACGCCUUACUGGAUGGCACCAGAGGUAAUCCUUGCGAUGGACGAGGGACAGUACGAUGGAAAGGUGGAUGUCUGGUCUCUUGGGAUCACGUGUAUUGAGUUAGCUGAAAGGAAGCCUCCACUUUUCAACAUGAAUGCAAUGAGUGCCUUAUAUCAUAUAGCCCAGAAUGAUUCCCCUACGUUACAGUCAAAUGAAUGGUCAGACUCCUUUAGGGGAUUUGUUGAUUACUGCUUACAGAAAAUACCUCAGGAAAGGCCAUCAUCCACAGAUCUCUUACGGCACGAUUUUGUCCGCCGGGACCGACCACCACGGGUGCUCAUAGACCUCAUCCAAAGGACAAAAGAUGCAGUGCGUGAACUGGACAACCUGCAGUACCGGAAAAUGAAGAAGAUCCUUUUCCAGGAGACCCGGAAUGGGCCCCUGACUGAGUCUCAGGAAGAGGAGGAGGACAGUGAGCAUGGAUCAAACCUGAGUAGGAAGAUGGACAGUCUGGGCAGCAACCAUUCCAUCCCAAGUAUGUCUGUGAGCACAGGCAGUCAGAGCAGCAGUGUGAGCAGCAUGCAGGAGGUCCUGGAUGAGAGCAGCCCCGAACUGGUCAUGAUGCAUAGUGAUGAGAGCACAAUUAAUUCCACUUCCUCCGUUGUUCAUAAGAAGGAUCAUGUAUUUAUAAGGGAUGAGGUGGGCCACAGGGAUCGCAGGCCUGAGGUGCGGCCUACCCAGUCAGUGCAGAAUCAGGCCCUCCACUACCGGAACCGAGAGCGCUUUGCCACAAUCAAAUCAGCAUCUUUGGUUACAAGACAGAUCCAUGAGCAUGAGCAGGAGAACGAGUUGCGGGAACAGAUGUCAGGAUAUAAGCGGAUGCGGCGCCAGCACCAGAAGCAGCUGAUCGCCCUGGAGAACAAGUUGAAGGCCGAGAUGGACGAGCACCGCCUCAAGCUGCAGAAGGAGGUGGAGACACAUGCCAACAACUCGUCCAUUGAGCUGGAGAAGCUGGCCAAGAAGCAAGUGGCUGUGAUGGAGAAAGAGGCAAAGGCAGCUGCAGCAGAUGAAAGGAAAUUCCAGCAACAGAUUUUGGCUCAGCAAAAGAAAGACCUGGCGACCUUUUUAGAAAGUCAGAAGAAACAAUACAAGCUUUGCAAGGAAAAGAUUAAAGAGGAAAUGAAUGAGGACCACAGCACGCCAAAGAAAGAGAAGCAGGAAAGAAUAUCCAAACACAAAGAGAACCUGCAGCACACUCAGGCUGAAGAGGAGGCCCAUCUUCUCAGCCAGCAGAGACUCUACUACGACAAAAACUGCCGUUUCUUCAAGAGAAAAACCAUGAUCAAGAGGCACGAGAUGGAGCAGCAGAACAUUCGGGAAGAGCUGAACAAGAAGCGGACGCAGAAGGAGAUGGAGCACGCCAUGCUGAUCCGGCACGACGAGUCCACGCGCGAGCUGGAGUACCGGCAGCUGCACAUGCUGCAGAAGCUGCGCAUGGACCUCAUCCGGCUGCAGCACCAGACUGAGCUCGAGAACCAGCUGGAAUACAACAAGCGGCGGGAGCGGGAGCUGCACAGGAAGCAUUUCAUGGAGCUCCGGCAGCAACCAAAGAACCUGAAGGCUAUGGAAAUGCAGAUCAAAAAGCAGUUCCAGGACACAUGCAAAGUGCAAACUAAGCAGUACAAAGCACUGAAGAAUCACCAGCUGGAAGUAACUCCAAAGAGUGAGCACAAGACAAUUCUGAAGAGUCUGAAGGACGAGCAGACGAGGAAGCUCGCCAUCCUGGCCGAGCAGUACGAGCAGAGCAUCAACGAGAUGAUGGCCUCACAGGCGCUGCGGCUGGAUGAGGCCCAAGAAGCAGAAUGCCAAGCCCUGAGACUGCAACUCCAGCAGGAGAUGGAGCUGCUCAACGCGUAUCAGAGCAAAAUCAAGAUGCAGACAGAAGCACAGCACGAAAGAGAGCUCCAGAAGCUGGAGCAGCGGGUGUCGCUGCGCAGGGCACAUCUGGAGCAGAAGAUCGAGGAGGAGCUGGCGGCCCUGCAGAAGGAGCGCAGCGAGAGGAUCAAGUUUCUCUUGGAAAGGCAGGAGCGAGAGAUUGAGACGUUUGACAUGGAGAGCUUGCGGAUGGGCUUUGGGAAUUUGGUCACGUUAGAAUAUCCCAAGGAGGACUAUAGAUGAGAUUAAAUUUCUUUAUGCCAUUUAGGAAAAAAAACAAAAAAAAAACCCACAAAAAGACAACAAAAAAAAAAAGAGUAAAACAAAGUAAGGAGCAAACUUGCAAACCCAACAUUCCCCACGUUACCGGGAGUGCUCUCUCUCUUUCUGUCUCUCUUCCUGACAUCGUGUCGGACUUAGUGCCUGUAUCUCCUUCCGCCACCGGGGCCCGUGUCCCAGCCCGGUGCAGGACAGCUCCUGGUGGUCUUCUCCAUAGUAUGUCCCAGUAUUGAUGUCUCUGUGCAAUGAUUCAAAAUGUUUCAGUGAAAACUUUUUUGGAGACAAUUUGUAAUGGCAAAAAAAAAAAAAAAAAAGACAAAAGCCACACACACACACACCCAAAAAAACCCAAGCUAUCAAAAAACCCCCACCCAACCCAAGUGGAUGUUUGUUGCUUUUGAGCAAUCACUCAUUUUACCACCAAACAAUGAAAGUACGAGCAAAAAAAACAACCAAACCCCACCACCUCGAUUCUAAUGGCAAGCUCCAAACCCAGGGGGAGAGAGACAAAUCCGCAGCCUUACCUGAACCAGCUGCUGCAUAAUUUAAUUUUAGUCUUUAUUUUUUUGGUAUUUAUUCAUCAGGAAUAAUUAAAUAAUAAAAAUUUUAUGAAAGAUUGAAAAAAAAAAGAAAAAAAAAUUUGAUACAUUUUACAGGAAAAGGAAAACCACACAAAACCUUAAAUCGUGCUGUACAUAUCAGUGGUGACAUUAGUACUUUUUGGGGGGGGGUUAGGGGGCAGACGUGGUGAUUUUUAGCAGCGCCGAGGCGGGGACGGGGCCUCGCUCCUCGGCAUCAGCUCUUUGAUUGUAUCAUAAAUCCUUUUCUGCUGUUGCAGAGAAUGGGAAUUGACACUUAAAAAGGAGCCCACAGGAUUCCCGGUAGCACAAAUUGGGCUUUGUCAAAUCGUGUAUUUUGUGUAUAGAAGGAAAAAAAUUUAAGGAGAGCUUUUACUUAUUUUCAUAUUGUAUUUUAACUGUUUCUCUGAUCAGAACUUUUUUUACUUCUUUCCCCCCCCUCCCUCCCCGUCCCCUCCUGCUCCCGGCGCUCGGGGCCCGACCCCGUCUCUCAGCUCAUGCCCAGCCCCUUUCUGUUCUCUGCUUUACUUUUUGCUUUUAUUUGCUUUAUUUCUUGGGGUUUCUUUCUUUGUUCCUCCCCCAAGUCCACCCCCACCCCCCCGAUCUUGGUCAUGACUAUCGCAUUCUUCACACUUUCAAACUGUGUAUUUUCUUACAAUAAAAAGAGGAAAAACCCAAGGCUUUACUUCUUUUGCAUGCACUUUAAGAAUAAAAAAAAAACAAAAAAGAGAAGAAAAUGAAACAAAAAAAAAACCACACCCCCCCUCCCAACGCCCCCAUUUUUCAGGUUCCAAGGAAGAGCAUGAAUAACUGUCAGAGCUUUUACUUAUAUUUGUAAAUAAAAGUGUUCAUCACAA